CGAACAACAAGCUCCUCCAUCUCGUCCCCACCUUUCGGCCCCUCUUCUCAGCAUUAGCUACCUGCUACCCCCCUCUACACAGUACGGAUACGGCGAUAAAUAGCUUCCCAUCACGGAUCCUCGACAGCAGCGGCCUGGUUCACGGAUUGGAAGUGUCCCGCAGCUUGCAUCUCUCCUCAUCGGCGCCCUUGUUGCCCUAUUCUUAGCCCUCUACUUCCGCAGCUCUCCUUCCGACCAUCACCUUCCAACCGCUACCAUGGGUGGAGGAUAUGAAGGCUUCCGCACCGUUGCCUACUACGUCAACUGGGCCAUCUACGCCCGCAAGCACCGUCCCCAGGACCUGCCCGCCGAGAAGCUUACCCAUGUUCUCUAUUCCUUUGCCAAUGUCCGUAGCGACACCGGUGAGGUCCACCUGACCGACUCCUGGGCCGACACCGACAUCCACUGGGAGGGAGACUCCUGGAACGACUCCGGCACUAAUCUUUACGGCUGCCUGAAGCAACUCAAUCUCCUCAAAAGGCGCAACCGCAACCUCAAGGUUCUCUUGUCCAUCGGAGGGUGGACCUACAGUUCCAAUUUCAAGGGUCCCGCCAGCACACCGCAGGGCCGACAGACCUUCGCCAAGUCCAGCGUUGAGCUGCUGAAGACGCUCGGCUUCGACGGCAUCGACAUUGACUGGGAGUACCCCCAGAAUCCCGACGAGGCCCGGAACUUUGUCGAGCUGCUAGCUGCUGUCCGCGAGGAGCUGGAUCUCUAUGCCCGAACCCUCAGCAACCCCAACCACCACUUCGAGAUCACUGUGGCGUGCCCUGCCGGUGCCCAGAACUAUGAGAAGAUGGACAUCCGCGGAAUGGACCGGUACUUGGACUUCUGGAAUCUGAUGGCCUACGACUACGCUGGCUCGUGGGACCAGGUCAGCGGCCACCAGGCCAACCUGUAUCCUUCUCGAGAGAACCCGGCGUCCACGCCCUUCUCAACGUCGGCCGCUCUCGAAUUCUACACCCGGAGCGGUGUCCACCCGUCAAAAAUCGUCCUCGGCAUGCCCCUCUACGGCCGUGCCUUUGAGAACACCGACGGGCCUGGCCGUCCCUUCCAGGGUAUUGGAGAGGGCAGCUGGGAGCAGGGCGUGCACGACUACAAGCGCUUGCCACUGGAGGGUUUCCAAGAGCACUCUGAUGGUCAUUGUAGUGCGACCUACUGCUACAACCCACAGCAGCGAAAGCUGGUCUCGUACGAUACCCCCGAUAUGGCGCGGAUCAAGGCCGAGUAUGUCAAGCAGCACCGCCUGGGCGGCGCCAUGUGGUGGGAGAGCAGCGCCGACAAGGAGGGAGACUCCAGCUUGAUCGGAACUGUAGUAAAUACCCUGGGAGGGCCGCAAGCGCUGAUGAGGCAGGAUAACUGCCUUGAGUACCCAGCGACCAAGUAUGAUAACCUCCGAAAUGGGUUCCCUCAGAACUAGUUAAGUGGAGCCAUGGUGGGCCAAGGUGGAUGAAGGAAUGAUCGCAUGAGCGGCUGAGUGUAUUGGCAUUGACCAAGGACAGACUCCAGAAUCCUAAAAAAGAGAAUGAAAUAAGUCCAAUGGGCUUGGAAUAGCAAUUGAUUGCAUGAUUCAAUGAAUUCUUUUAUGAAAUCAA